AUGGCCAAGCUCGGCUCGAACGUCGGUCUUCGGGAUCUGUGGCCCGCCGCGGCAACGGUUGCUGUCGCGCUCCCCACCUACGUCGCGACGGCCUUUCCCAGCGUCGCGGGCGGUGACAGCGGCGAGCUCGUGGCCGAAGCCUGCAUCGCCGGCGGCGGCGUCGCGCACCCGCCAGGAUACCCGCUGUACCUGCUCCUUUUGCGCGCAGUUCUCGACCAGAAAUGGUCGGCGCUCCCGCCCGCGUACAUUGCCAACGUCCUGAACGCGACGUACGCAGCGCUGGCCGCCGGCUGCAUUGCGCACUUUGUCUACCUUUACAGCAACAAGACGCACGGACUCGCGGCCAUCGCCGCCGGGCUCAUGUACGCAUUCGCACCGUUGACGUGGGAGUACGCCGUCGGUGCCGAGGUCUUUGCCCUCAACAACCUCCUCUGCGGCUUGCUCUUUGUGCUCUGCGCCAUCUUUCGCCGGACGCAGAGUCCAUAUGUGGCCGCGCUCGGUGCGCUCACAUGCGGCCUCGCCAUGUCCAACCAGCACACGGCGAUUUUGUUUGAGAUCCCGAUGGUGCUCUGGGUGCUCUGGCACGGUCGGUCGGUCUUCCGCUUCUACCACAUUGUCCUCUUUGCGGCCUUGUUCUUUGUGGGCUUGACGCCGUACUUGCACAUGAUGGAGGUGUCGACGACGGCCCGGAAAGGCUCGUGGGGCAAUGCGUCGUCCUGGAUGGGCCUCCUCCGCCACCUCGUGCGCGAAGAGUAUGGCACGUUCAAGCUCUCGCCCGUCAAGACGAAUCUCACCGAGACUCCGAUCGAGCGCAUGCUCGUGUACCUCCAAGACGCCCGCGAGCAGUUCAUCGGCAUUGGCUUUAUCCUCGCACUCUAUGGCCUCUGGCGCUUUGAUCCGGCCGACAUGGAGCGCCGCCAGAGUGACGCCGCGCCGAUCGAAGCGGCGCUCGGGAGCGCGCCGGAGCAAAAGGCGCUCGACGACUUGCUCUUGCUGUGCCUCUUGCACUACGUGGUGUGCUUCCACACGCUCUCGAACCUGCCGCUGUACCUCCCCCUGCCGCGAGCGAUCCACAGCCGGUUCUGGAUGCAGCCAAACUUGGUGAUUGCGAUCUUCCUCGGGCUCGGCCUCGCCCGCAUGCACGCCAGUCUCAACGCCAAAGCGUUCACCUUUGUCGCCAAGGCGGGCGCGGUGCUCUCGGCCGUCGGGCUUGUCUACAUGCAGCUCAGUGCCCAGUACCCGAUGGCCAACCACGCCAAGAAAGGAAAUGUCAUUGCAGCCUACGGCAACGCUCUCCUGGACACGCUUCCGCCCGAUGCGAUCCUACUUUCGUACACGGACAUCAACUGGAACAGCGUCCGGUACCUGCAAGAGUGCGAGCAGAAACGACCGGACGUGAUGCACCUCAACUUCCAGCUCAUGCCGUACCACUGGUACCAGCGUCAGCAUGCGCUGUACCCGGGGGUAACGUUCCCGCAGCUGCUGCAAGGGGUCUCGACCGAGCGCGGCAGCAAGGGCUUUGAGCAGCUCAUGCGACGCUUUGUGAUGCAAAACAUGUACACGUUCCCGACCUCCAUGUACUUGGACCUUCACGCUGUGAACGAAUCGGCGCUCGGCAAAGACGGCUACUACAACGGGUUUUACAUCACGCCGCACGGCAUGCUCUGGAAGAUCCACGAGCAGAAAAAGAUGCCGUCGAUCGCCAAGUGGAACAAGGACGUCAAGCACGUGUGGAAGAUGUACAACACGACGUUCCCGUUGGCCAACGCGGCGCAGUACCCGUCCGGCUCGUGGGAGUUUGUCGCGCGCAAAAUCUACUACGACGGGCUCUACCAGCGCGCGCUCCAUUACCUGCAGCACUGGGUCGAGACGUCCGCCAAGCUCGGGAAGGACACGACGUUCGACGAGAUCGACGACUACCUCUUUGGCAUGCGCGACAUUGUGCACGCGCUCGACGGGAUCUACCACAUUGCUAUGCCGAUUUACUGCAUUUCGUACCCGAAAAAAGACAUUGUCAAGAACCUUGCGCUGAGCUACAUGCGCUACCACGGCGCGCUCGCGAUUGCGGACCGCCAGCCCGACCGUGAUUUGCCCAUCUCCAAGCAGCUCCUCGCCGACAUCCAAGACGAAGCCCUGCGCAUGAGCAAAGAAUUUAUCGAGAUCAACCCCACGGACAAGGACAUUGAGACCUUCCAGACGUACGUCGAGUCGAUCGAGUCGCCGCCCGAGGCGUCGCCAAAGCCCAAGAAGCUCAAGAAGAAGCUCAAGAAGAAAACGCGGGUCGAGAUCACCGAGGAAGAGCUUUGA